AUGCGCCUCCUCUCCGCCGCACCCCUCCUUGCUCUCGCUCCGGCAGUGCUUGCCCAGAACGCCGUCCUCGGGGAGCUACUCCAGGCUCUCAACAGUUCCGGCCUCACUCGUCUGUCGAGCAUCGCUACACAGCUCAACUCGACUACUGCCGGCCAAUCACUGCUUUCCCAGUUGUCGAGUGGCACGCCCUUCGUUCUGUUCGCCCCCACGGACAAUGCAUUCAACAGUGCGCCGUCGAACAUCACCUCCGAUGUCGACGUCCUCUCGAGUGUCAUUGCUUACCACGUGGUGCAGGGCAAUUUUACCGGCAUAUCGACGACUUAUCCGAACACCACGGUUGGGCGUACGCUCUUGAACAACUCGACUUUCGUUCAGCUCGAGGGCAACAAGAGCCAGGCAGUCGCAUGGGCCGUCCGCGCGGACGGCAAAACACACGUUUUGGGCCAGAGGUGA